AUGCAUUGCUAUCUCUUGGCUCUAUUCGCACUCAUUGCCGUUGCCUAUGGUUCCCCUCUAUUGGGUUUCGGCGGUGGAUUUGGUGGUCAACGAGGCUUCCAUGGAAGUGGUAGCCACGAGUUCGGCGGAAUGGGUGGACGGGGUGGAUUCGGAGGUGGUAUGAGAGGUGGAAUGGGUGGAUUCCGUGGAAGUGGUAGCCACGAGUUCGGUGGUGGCCGUGGUGGAUUGGGCGCCGCUUUCGGAAAUCACGGCGGAGGGCGAGGUGGAUUCGGUGGACGAGGCGGUUUAGGGAGUGGAUCACACGAGAGAUGGGGAGGUUCUCAUGAGUUUCCCGAUGAGAAUGUCUGCGUCUAUGUCAUCACAGCACCCGAUUUCUAUGCACAAGCUGCGGGCCAGUGUCUUAUGUUGGAUGGGUGGAUGGCCAAAGUGCAAAAUGCUUUCGAGAAUGCCUAUCUUUUGGGGAUGAGUGCUUCAGCUCUCCACACCAAUCCGUACAUUGGAGUUGAAAGGAAUGCAAAUGGCACAUGGGUCUAUUCGGAUGGAUCUCCGUUGAGCUACACGAAUUGGGGACCAAAUCAACCAAAUAUGGCGAGCAACACGAGUGUUUGUGCUGCGAUGGAUUUAGCAACGGGCAAAUGGAUGACAUCUGAAUGCACUGCAGCUCGACCAUUCUUUUGUACGACUCAAACAGCACUUAUUACCACUACAACUAAACAACCAAGCAAUCAGCCAUGUCCCAAUGGUUGGGUCUACAAUCAGGACAUGAAUUAUUGCUACUAUUUACGGGAUUUCGCCUAUCCAGAUGGAGUGCAUUGGCCACUGUACAAUUGGACGGGAGCCGAAUUAUUGUGCCAACAAAUGCAAAACACUUCGCAUUUGUCCGAAUUAUAUAUCUGGAGUAUGAUCAAUGAUCAAACAUGCCAAUCCAAAGAGUGGGACCACGAUUCAGUGAAUAGCAUAAACAGCCUAAACGCCCGUUUCGUCUGCAAGAUGCCGGCUCGAAAAACUCUCGAAUUACAAAAGAAGAACAGCUUUAAGCGA